AUGGCGUCCCAUCCAGUAGCGCAAGUCACCUCGCCCGCCGCAUGGGCCAUGGUCGAGGACAAGUUCUCACCCUACGCCAAAGACACCCUCGCGAAGCUCAUCGCCUUUGUCCACGACGAGGUCCUCCCCGCUCAGAACCUCGCACGCGCGCAGCUGCCUUCCGACCCAGAAGCCCGCUGGAAGACCGUACUUCCCGUUGUAGCUGAACUCAAGGCCAAGGCGCGCAAACUCGGCCUAUGGAACCUCUUCCUCAGCAAGGCCCACUACCCUGAAUUUGGCGUGCCCCUGACCAACCUUGAGUAUGCGCUUAUGGCGGAGGUGCUCGGCCGUGGGGGCCAGAUGGCGUCCGAGUCUGUGAAUUGCUCAGCGCCUGAUACCGGGAACAUGGAGGUGCUCGCCCGCUAUGGCUCACCGGAACAGCAGAAGAAGUGGCUGCUCCCUCUUCUCAAUGGAGAGACUCGCUCGGCGUUCUCCAUGACAGAGCGUUUCGUUGCCUCGUCGGACGCAACCAACAUCCGAACAACUAUCCGCCAGGAAGGCAAUGAGAUCGUCGUUAACGGUCACAAAUGGUACAUCAGUGGCGCCGGAGACCCGCGCUGCGCCCUACACCUGGUGCUCGGCAAGAGCGAUCCAGACAACUCAGACCGCUAUCGGCAGCAGAGCAUCGUGAUCGUCCCCCCGAACGCGCCUGGCGUCAAGGUGAUUCGCCCCAUGCACGUCUUGGGCUACGACGAUGCACCAGAGGGGCACUGCGAGAUCAUCUACGACAACGUGCGCGUGCCGCUCGGCAACCUCGUCCUCGGAUGGGGCAAGGGCUUUGAGAUAAUUCAAGGCCGCUUGGGACCCGGUCGAAUCCACCACUGUAUGCGGUCCAUUGGUGUCGCCCAGUACGCCCUCGAUCUGAUGCUGCAGCGGGUGACCGACCCCGCAAAGAAGACGUUCGGCAAGUACCUGUAUGAGCAUGGCACCGUCGUGUCGGAGAUCGCGCACUCACGCGCAGAGAUUGAGUCUGCGCGACUGCUCGUUCUGAGUGCAGCCCUCCAAAUUGACAAGGUCAAGGCCAAAGGUGCCCUCAAAGAGAUCGGCAUUGCUAAGUUUGUGGUCCCCUCGAUGGCCCUGCGAGUCGUCGACCGGGCGAUGCAGGCAUACGGCGCGGAGGGUCUCAGCCAGGACACGCCCCUCGCGCAUCUGUUUGCCACCCUGCGAACCCUCCGGAUAGCCGAUGGGCCUGAUGCUGUCCACAUACAGCAGAUCGGCCAGCGCGAGCUGAAGCGUGCGCCUGCUCUGGCCAAGCGCACGGCGGAGAUCAAGCGGAGGGAGAAGGCGCUUUUCGAGAAACAUGGAUUCAAGCUCUGA